GGCUGAUAAUCUGUUCGUGCUCCCAAGCUUCCAUGGUAUAAGAGGUUACACUUCGGGUUCGUGAACAACCAGACCAUAUUUUACCCGAACAUGUUGUAAGAACUGGAAACGACCAACCCCCCCUUCUUGUCCUCCUCUUUUCACGACUCGAGAUAGACAGACGGACGGACAGAUAAUCUGACAGAAGCACAGAUAGAGAGACGGAGAUUGGAGAUCGGAGCCUGGGUAUGGGACGGUUAGCGAUCGCGCUGCUACUCUGCCUCUCAGCAGGGAAUGCUGUAGUUCAGGCUGAAGACCCUUAUAUUUUCUUCACGUGGAACGUGACGUAUGGCACCAUCUCCCCGUUGGGCGUCCCCCAGCAGGGCAUCCUCAUCAACGGCCAAUUCCCGGGCCCCAACAUCAACUCCACGACCAAUAACAACAUCGUCUUGAACAUCUAUAACCAUCUAGACGAGCCUUUCUUGAUUACAUGGCAUGGAGUGCAGCAGAGGAAGAAUUCCUGGCAAGACGGGACUCUAGGAACUAAUUGCCCGAUUCCUCCCGGACAGAACUACACGUACCAUUUCCAGGUCAAGGAUCAGAUUGGGACGUACUUCUACUUCCCAACCACUGCCAUGCACCGUGCAGCCGGUGGCUUCGGAGGCCUCCGGAUAAACAGCCGUCUGCUCAUUCCGGUCCCUUACCCUGAUCCUGAGGAUGACUACACCGUCCUCAUCGGUGACUGGUACUCCAAGUCACACACCCAGCUCAGGAGCUUCCUGGACAGCGGGCGUGCACUGGGCCGGCCGGAUGGUGUCCUCAUCAAUGGAAAAUCCAACAAGGGCAAGGGCAAGGACAAGGACAAGCCGCUCUUCACCAUGAAGCCCGGAAAGACUUACAAGUACCGGAUCUGCAACGUCGGGCUCAAGAAUUCACUCAAUUUCAGGUUCCAGGGCCACAAGAUGAAGCUGGUGGAGAUGGAGGGAUCUCACACUGUCCAGAAUAUUUACGACUCUCUCGACGUGCACGUUGGCCAGUGCUAUGCGGUGCUCGUGACUGCUGAUCAGGCACCCAAAGACUAUUACGUGGUGGCCUCGACCAGGUUCACCAAGACCAUGCUCACCACCACCGCUGUCAUCAGCUACACCAACGGCAAGGGCCCCGCAUCGCCUGAUAUCCCAGAGGCUCCGGUCGGGUGGGCCUGGUCGCUCAAUCAGUUCCGGACAUUCCGCUGGAACCUCACAGCAAGUGCUGCAAGGCCCAACCCUCAGGGCUCAUACCAUUAUGGUCAGAUCAACAUUACCCGUACCAUUAAGCUGAUCAACUCAGCCGGCAAGGUCAAUGGCAAGCUUAGGUACGCUAUCAACGGCGUUUCCCACACUGAGCCGGACACGCCAUUGAAACUUGCGGAGUAUUAUGAAGUUCCAAAUAAGGUGUUCAAAUACGACAUCAUUCCGGAUUCUCCACCGCAAACCAUAGGAGCCAAGAUCACUACAGAGCCCAAUGUCGCUAACCUGACCCACCGCAACUACAUCGAGAUCAUUCUAGAAAAUCACGAGAAGAGCUUACAGUCGUGGCACCUCGGUGGAUAUUCAUUCUUUGCUGUAGCGAUCGAGCCGGGGAGGUGGACACCGGACAAGAGGAAAAACUAUAACAACCUCGAUGCAGUGAGCAGGCACACGAUCCAGGUCUUCCCCAAGUCUUGGGCAGCCAUCAUGACGACCUUCGACAACUGUGGGAUGUGGAACCUGAGGUCGGAGUUGAUCGAGAGACGCUACCUCGGGCAGCAGAUGUACUUCAGCGUCGUAUCCCCGGAACGGUCCUUGCUGGAUGAGUACAACAUGCCCGACAACGCCCUGCUAUGCGGCAUUGUUAAGGACAUGCCCAAGCCUGCGCCGUACACCAUAUAAGUUAAAUUAGUUAUAGGACUAAACAUACAUUAUUCUUGCCUCUUGUGAUAUUAAAGGGAGGAUGAAAGUAGAAAAAGAGAGGGAAAGAUGGGAAUACAAAAACCCAAAAAAAAACUGGGGAAAAAAAGAAGAAGAAAAGGAGCUAUGUUUUUCCUUUUCUUUUUUUGUAAUUGGUAAAAUGAAAUGAGGGCAAGGGAAACAAUUUUGAGGCACACUUGGGUGUGUGAAUUUUUAGCAAAGGAGAGGUUGCCAAUGGUAGAGGAAAAAGACGUGCAUAGUCGGGAAGGCGUCAAACCCGAACCCUUCCGAAAAGUGUUGUUACAAUUGUGCAUUUUUGUACUAAAUCACUAUACACUUCUAACUUUUUCUGUUGAAA